GGAGUGAAUAGAUGGUCUUUUGCGGGAGCCUCUGGGUUAAGUGAAAAAGGACAGCUUCUUUCGUUGAAGAAAUAAACAGAAGCCUUGAAGAUAAGAUGACUGGAAUGCUGUGGCUGGAGAGUAUUCCCAGGUGCACAGGCUGUUGAAUUAGUGCACUGGUUUACGCUCUGUUUAUAGUGAAGUAGUGGAAGAGUUCCAAACUGAGGUAGUCUUUUUUAUCUGUAUAAGCCAGUAGGAUGGAGGGUAUUUAGCUUUGAAGUACAGCAAGGAAGUGAAAUCCAUUGAGAAUAGUCUGUAAAGAGAGCGAGCCCUGUGAAGAUGCAAACCUUCAUGCUGCGAAUGCUAAUCCUAACUUAGCAGGGACCUGCUUCAUGGUUUCAGCUAUCCACAAUUCCAGGUUCUACUGGGUGCCCAACACAAGUCCAAACUCUCUCGGUUUUGACUUUCAAAUCCUGAAUAUUGGGAUUGAUCAUGUCGUUCCGAUUUGGACAACACCUCAUCAAGCCCUCGUUUGUGUUUCUGAAGACUGAACUGUCCUUCGCGCUUGUAAACAGGAAGCCAGUGGUCCCUGGGCAUGUCCUUGUUUGCCCACUCCGGCCUGUGGAGCGUUUCCGCGAUCUGCAUCCUGAAGAAGUGGUUGAUUUAUUUCAAACAACACAAAUGGUUGGAAAUGUGGUGGAGAAACAUUUCUGUGGAACUUCACUCACCAUUUCGAUUCAGGAUGGUCCUGAAGCUGGGCAAACUGUGAAGCACGUUCAUGUCCAUGUACUUCCAAGAAAGGUUGGAGACUUCAGCAGAAAUGACAGUGUCUAUGAUGAGCUGGAACGUCACGACAAAGGAGAAGAGGACUCCCCUGUCAAGUGGAGGUCUGAGGAUGAAAUGGCAGCUGAAGCAGCAAGCCUGAAGAAAUAUUUUCAGUAAAAUCUGAGGUGAGACAAUCUGGAACAAAUCCUGGAGCAUAAGAAAACCAAAAAAGGGACUCGUUCUCCAAGUGCCCUGUGACAUUGGAUCUGCAGCUAACUAGCUUAGAUGACAUUCCACAAACAAUGGAUUCAUCCAUGAAACACUUUAUUGUACCAUUGGAUAGUGGCGGAGUUGAAUUUCACCUAAGACGACUGACAGACUGGAUUCAACACAACCUCUUGCAUAAUGGCUCAGACUUUUGAAUGAUGUACUUGGGAAAUAAUCUUUUAAAAUUGGCCCUGGGCCUAAACUGAAAUUAAAUAUUAGCAGCAAUAUUUGUCUGGUGUGUUACAUUACAUUUAUCUGGCUACAUUACAAAACAUUGGCCCCAUGUUGUGCCUAAAAAUAUUCUGUUUGUAAUGUAUUGUAGUGCAGAAAAAUUACACCUUUUAGUACUAGUAUGCGUCUCAGAAACCAAAGCUUUGUUAUAGCCUGGAUACGAUAAGCCUGGAGAGUUACCAGUUUGCUAGAUAAGAUUAUUGAAUAAGAAAUGCAUAAACUUUCUUAAAAUCAUACAUUCCUCUCUUACUUAGACUGUGUUGGUACAAAGCUGUAGGGGCUUAAAAUAGUGCAAUACACUUUAGGGAAUUCAUCAAAAUGUGAAGCUGCUCAUGUGAUAUUCAGCACGUUACAGCCUAUGAUGUAAGGGUCGUUGCUUGCAACAAAACGUGUUAACUUUGGUUGGUUGUUAUUCACGUGACGUACUCGCUCAGUAAUAACGCUCAUCUGCAGAGCUUCUCUGAGGAGCAUCUGCAGGCAUUUAGCUAUGGACAAUCUAAUGGCAAAUGGACAUCUAAUAUACUAGCAAGAGCCCUGAACUGAAGCACCAGUGAUGGCACUCUUGAACUU